AUGUCCAUAGUCAAUUUAGAUGAGACAGAAUAACAUCAAAAUUAAGAAUUUAAACAGUCUCAAGAAAUUCAAAUUGAUAUCAUUACUUUUGAUUAACACGAAUCCUUAUUGGAAACAUAUACAUACUACAUUAUUAAAGGGAAAGAUAAAAUUGGAUUUUUUGAAGUCUAUAGAAGAUAUAAAGAUUUUACAGCUUUAAGAGAUGCAUUAUAAUUAAAAUGGCCAGGAUGUUUCAUUCCAGGCAUUCCUGGCAAAAAAAUGUUCCAAGGAAAUGAUAUUAAAACUGCAUCAGAACGAUUAAGAUUCUUAAAAUAAUUCUGUCAUAAAAUCAAAUUAUUGCCAAAUCUUUACUACAGUUAAGAAUUUAGUCAAUUGUUUUUAAGAUCUAAAGACAGAGAUAUUCAUAAAAUUUUGUAUUUAGAUAAAUUUAUAUUAAUAGCGAAUAAAUGUAAAGACCAAGGACUGCAGAAUUGAUUUAAAAAUAUCAACUCAAUUUUAUUGAUUUAUAAGGAGUACUAUAUUAUUUCAAUUUAGAGAGAAAUUGAUUAAAGUCUUGAUAAAAAAAUUGAAGGUUUUGUAGAAAAAUUGAAAAAUAACACAAUUCAGCUAAAAUUAGCAAAAAAGUAUAUUAGAGAUGUAUACGAAUCAUAAGAAUAAUUUAAUUAAGGUUUGGAGAAGAUUAUGAUCGUACAUCUUCCAAAUUAUGAAAAAUAAUUUAUUUAAGCAUACUAAAAAAAUGAAUCCCAUAACUUAUUAUUUACCAAUUAAAAUAUUAAGAAUUAACUGGAUUCAAAGUAUAAUUAAGAUGCCAUUUUCAAACGUAGAAAUAUUGACAAACUUUAUGAUUAUAUUCGAUAAGAAUUGAAAGAUAUUAAGGUCUUGUAUUGUAAUUAAUUAAACCUAGGCAUUUCAUUAAAGUUUGAAAAUUAAAAAAGAGUAUGAAGAGCAAAAAAAGAAAUUAGAAGCAAAGUAGUUAGAAACAUAGUAAGAAUUAAAUAAUUUAAAUGAUGGUAAAAAUCCAAACUUUUUUAAGAAUAUAUUUAAUAAAUAAACUCCAGAAUAACUUAAAAGUCAUUUAAACAUUUUGAUUCAAACCAAUUAAAAUGAUUUAGAUAAUUUAUCAAAUUUAAUUGAUAUAAUGUAAGCAAUAAUAGGAUUUAUAGAAAUUGAACGAUUUUAAGAUAUGAAAUUAAAAUUUUAUUCAAUUCUAAUCAAAUAAGUACAAGAAUUAGAAGAAAGAGUAAUUAAUGAGUAGAUUUAAUAUUGGUAAUUUAUUGAAUCACAAACAUAAAUUUUAUUAAGCCAAUAAAAUCUUGAUGGAAAUAUAAAUUUUUAAAAUCAAUAAUUAAAUUAAAUAAAAGGCUAAUAAAAAAAUGAUGAUUAAGAAUAGAUGUAGUCUUAUCAAAAUAAAGUUGAUAUUGAGAAUGAUAAUGAUAAAUAGGAUAAUCACUAUGAGAUAGAUAAAGAAGAAUAAGAGAAAGAAUAGGAUAAUGAGAAUGAGAAUGAGAAUGAGAACGAGAAUAUUUAAGAAUAAGAAGAUGAAGUUUAAGUGAAUAUAUCUUAAGAAUAAAUAGAAGAUGAAAAUUAAUGAUAAUAUAUUUAUCAAAGAGGGA